AUGUGGUGUUCUAAACUAAGAAUCUUACAAAGGGUCAAAAUGUCGGACAAAGAAAAGGACAAGAGAACGCACGAUGAGAAAUUGGCAGUAAUUAUUAAAGAAAUCAUUGCUUCCGCAAUCAUCAGUAGCACUGUGUUUAUUCUCAGCUACCUCUACCUUCCCAUCAACACUUCCGGUCUGAAGGAACUUCCGGACAGACUGACUCUUACCAUCAGCUGCCUCUUCGUGUCUUCGUUUGCUAUUCACCUAGGGAUUUUUGGAGUCUUCCGUUUCAGAGCUUUCACUAACGCCAUAGAUCCGGUUUACGGAAAAUCAGAAAACCUGGUUUUUCUUCCGAACCAGAUAUUGAGAAACACAACUGAGCAGUUCUUUUUGCACAUGAUGGCCAUGCUGACUCUGACUCUGUUCUUACAGGGCAGCUCUAUGAAGGCUAUUCCAAUUCUGUGUGGCAUUUUUUUGAUCGCUAGGAUUGUGUUUCAGGUUGGAUAUACGGCUUCUCCUAUGAAAAGAGCGUAUGGAUUUGCGAGUACGUUCCUACCAACAGUAGCCGUGUAUGUUUAUUGCACAUAUUGCUUAAUAAACAAACUAUUGAACUAAAAGAUGAAUUUAACAUUUAUUUAUUUGAAAAAAUGGGUCUCAAACUAGUUUUUUAUUAAAUAAAUAUUAUUGAUAAAUUUUGUAUAAUUUUAAGUAACACUAACUUUAAGAUUUAAUAACAGAUGCAUAACAAAGAGCGUGCAGGCAAUUUGCGACGCUAUGCAACCGUACACUUAGAAUUUGACUGUAUAAUCUUAUAAACGCAUGCAUGAAUAUGGACUUUUGUCUUGAUAUAUAUAACAUAUUCAUAAGUUUAAUAAAUUGCGUACUACAUGUCUG